UCCGAGCCGCGCGCCUCACCCCUGCUGACGGGUUCCCUCCUUAAAAGCGCUCCGCGGGGGCCCGCGCUCAGCACAGCGCGGCUCAGAGGGCACCGGGAGCCGCCGCACCUCGGCGUCGGGACCCUGCACACGCCCUCGCGCGACCGUGACGUCAGCGCGGCCGGCGCGCGAUUGGCUGGGGAGCAUGUGGCGCGCGGUGGCGCGGGCGCAGAUGAUUGGGCGCGCGGCCUCGAGGGGCGGGCCCCAGGCCUGGGGGCGGGGCCUGGGGGUAGAUCUCGCGGAGCGCGGCCGCCUGAGGGCGGCCGGCAUGCCGGAGGUGGACGCGGACAAGCUGGACGCGCGGCAGGCGCAGCUGCUGUCGGAGAUGUGCAUCCUCGUGGACGCGGACGACCGGCGCGUGGGCGCCGACACCAAACGCAACUGCCACCUGAACGCGAACAUCGACCGAGGGCUGCUGCACCGCGCCUUCAGCGUGUUCUUGUUCGACGCGGACGACCGGCUCCUGCUGCAGCAGCGCUCGGACGCCAAGAUCACCUUUCCGGGCUGCUUCACCAACUCCUGCUGCAGCCACCCGCUGAGCACCGCGCGCGAGCUGGAGGAGGCCGAGGCCAUCGGGGUGCGGCGCGCGGCGCAGAGGCGCCUGCAGGCGGAGCUGGGGAUCCCCAUGGCGGAGGUGCCUCCGGAGGAAAUGAACUACCUGACGCGAAUCCACUACAAGGCUCAGUCCGACGGCCUCUGGGGCGAGCACGAGAUCGACUACAUCCUGUUCCUGCGCAAGAACGUGGUGUUGAAUCCGGACCCCAAUGAGAUUAAGAGCUACUGUUACGUGACCAAGGAAGAGCUGAAGGAGCUCCUGAAGAAGGCGGCCUGCGGUGAAAUUAAGUUGACCCCGUGGUUUCGGAUUAUUGCCGAUGCGUUCCUCUUCGAGUGGUGGGAUAACUUGAACCACUUGGAUCAGUUUGUCGACCAUAAGAAAAUACACAGAAUGUGACCGUGACAUGAAUGCUUAGCGACGUAGUGAAAAAUUUCUCCACUUACGAAACUUAACGUGAUUUUUUAGAAAUUUGGUUCCCCAUAAGAACUCGUCACUUGAAACCUUGAUACUUUACAACCAGUAUUUGUUGAAAAUACAACCCACGGGGGCGCCUGGGUGGCUCAG